AUGGCAAAAUGGGCGCAACGAGGUGCUUUGGUGGUUGCGGGAUAUUUUCUGGCACGUCUUGUCGUUACCAUAGUAGACUACAGGCAGAUUAUCGAUGAACAACGACCUGUAAGUGAAGCGAACCUUGAUGGUCCUUUAUUAGUCAAAGAAGCUGUUGAUCGAAUCAAUGAUAACAUUGUGUAUGCUUUUACCUUGGCUUAUUACUUAGAUGAUUUUGUUAAUAAAAUUAACUUUAAACGUGAGGCGAGAAUAAUCCAUUCGAAAUCAGAUGACUUUCUUUUAUUCACUCUUAUCAAUGGUGCUUAUUUGAAUCUGACCUUAAAUUGGCUAUGCAACGUUGCCUCAUUUCGGACAUCAUUUCAUCGCAAAACACUUAUCGUCAGUUUAGAUGCAAAAGUUUGCAAAAUAAUCAAAAUGAAAUGGAAAGAAGUAACAUGCAUGUUCAUGCAAGUAUCCAAUGAUUACAACAGCCCACUUGAUUGGGGACGACAGAAGUACAUCAACUUGCUCACUCUUCGCUCACAAUUUUUGUUCGACUUCUUUGACUUUCUUCCUACAAAUACUUUCCUUUAUUUUUUCAAAUUCCAGCUCGAAUUGCCUUUCAUCUUAUUUGAAACUGAUGCAGUUUGGUUGCGUGAUCCAAUGAAAUUUUUUUUGAACCAAACACUUCUAGAUGAUGCUGACAUUGUGGUGCCAGUAAAAGGCAAUCCUGAUCACGGAUUGAUAUAUUCAUUCGAUCCAAUGAUUGUUUAUCCUACUAAUGCUUCUGUGAUGCUCAUGCGCGAAUUGAAUAAAAAACUUUUAAACAAUCCAGAAAUAUAUGAUCAAGAUAUUCUUGAUCAAUUAUGUCGCAAGCAGUUUUUUGGAUUAGUGUGUCGUCAAUUUAGUUGGAAUGAGGUAGCCGAUGGAAAAUGGUUUCAUUUGUCUGAAGCAGAGCGAAUUAAUCUACGACCCUACAUUGUUAACAACAAUUAUUACGUAGGUGUUGAUAAUAAGAUUAGUCGGCAGGCAUUAAACAAAUUAUGGUUUUUAUCACUAAAAAAUAGUUGCAAUUUAUCGAAAGUACGAGGUUUAUUACGCAAAUACGAGGGAUAA